CGGUUCACCAGCGGACUUCCGGAGCCACGACGACAGAGCGGAGUGACAGUUGAUUUAUCCAAAAGGACAGCUCACUUAGUUGUGACGUUUCUUUUUCUCACGACGGGCGGGAUAUCCGCAGUAGUAAACUAGCUAAUAACAUGGCGAAGACUUACGAUUACUUGUUUAAACUACUUUUAAUCGGCGAUUCAGGCGUCGGAAAGACCUGUGUGCUAUUCAGAUUUUCAGAAGAUGCCUUCAACUCUACGUUUAUCUCUACUAUAGGUAUUGAUUUCAAGAUCAGAACAAUAGAAUUAGAUGGCAAGAAGAUCAAGCUACAGAUAUGGGAUACAGCAGGACAAGAGCGGUUCAGGACCAUCACGACAGCCUACUACAGAGGAGCCAUGGGCAUCAUGUUAGUGUAUGACAUAACCAAUGAGAAGUCCUUUGAAAACAUCAAGAACUGGAUACGGAAUAUCGAAGAGCAUGCUUCAGCCGAUGUGGAGAGGAUGGUCCUUGGGAACAAAUGCGACGUCAACGAUAAGCGACAGGUGUCCAAAGACCGAGGGGAGAAGCUGGCGCUCGAGUACGGUAUCAAGUUCAUGGAGACGAGCGCAAAAGCGAACAUCAACGUGGAGAAUGCCUUCUUAACCCUCGCCAGAGACAUCAAAGCGAAAAUGGACAAGAAGCUGGAGGGCAACAACCCGCAGGGCAGCAGUCAGGGAGUGAAGAUCACAGAACAGCCGAAGAAGAACAGCUUCUUCCGCUGCUCGCUGCUGUGAGGAGACGAGAGUCGGCAUCCACCAUCGCCUUAACGGAGUCCCACUGGACACAACUGGACAGAGCACACUCACCUCUUACCUUCCUUCACUUCGUCUUCCUCUCUUCUCUCCAUAUUAGGAAAAACAAAAGUGUAUCGCUCCCUUCCUUGACAACUGUGAAUCUAACUCCUGUGGCCUCCACUAGUAAAUCUGUGUCUCUUUUUGUACGGUUGCUAAUUAGAUUCAUACGUCUUGAGGUUUUAUUGCCUUUUUUUUAAAGACUUCUUGUGAGACGAUCAAACCACUUUACUGCUCAUGAUAAUGUCUCCUCCUCUCUCUUUGAAGUCUUAUUUAUUCGAUCCUUAUCACUUAAAGUAGCCCAGAUUAUACCUCCAGAAAAGACUUACUCUUCCAAAUGGGCUUCCUAAUUCUGAAUAUAAUCAUCUGUCAAAUAUAUAUAUAUAGUUAUCCAAGGUGAUGAGAGUCCACAUUGUGGGUGGGUGGGUGGUCUCUUUGGUAUAUCCACAUUAGGUAAACAUGUAAAUAUAUAUCAUUGAUUAUGAAAUCAGUCGUGCCAUCACAUCAUCUACUUGGAUUACCUUUUUCUACUUUCCGUUGAAUUUUCAUUGGCCGAUACAUUCCUCCUGUGAACACUUUAAUGUGCAAUGUGUGUGUGUGUGUGUGUGUGUGUGCCCAGAUUAAGCCUUUCUCCAAGUAUUCAUGUGGUUGCAGUAAGACCAGCUUGUUUUAAGGGCUCGCAGAUUCCUUUUUGUUUAUUGCCUCAUCAUUUUAGGUAUUCUAGGAGAUAGGAGGUAGAUCAUUUGAUGCACUUCAACUGACAAAGCAAUACCUAACUCUGACAGCAGGAGGCGACACAGUUUCACAGGAGUCUCAGCGAUGAUUACAUCUUUGUUUUAUGCAUUUAUACUUCCUGUUCUGGGGGCGGCGUGCACUCAAACUGUUCUCUGGGCUCUGUAGCAGUAUUUAUGGAGUGAAACAAAACACAGCACCAAAAUGACAAAGUGCCCUUUUAUGUUCUUAUUGAUUAUUAUGCACUUUUUCCUUUUUGUUCUUUCUGUAAAAAAAAGAAGUUCUUAACGUGUUUGCUGCAUAUCUUAAAGAGGCCCUAUUGUGCUUUUCGGGGCUUCCCGUUUCCUGUAGUGUGUCAUAUAGGCUUUUGUGCAUGAAAAUGGUCUGCAAAUCACAAAGUUCCCCCCAGAGGAAGUUGCUCUCCCACAUUGGACUCCUUUGUUUACUUCCUGAACACAGUGACGUCACUAUGUAACACUUGUGCUUCAAUUGGCUAGUGCUCCGACACAUUGUAUAUGAUUGGCUAAGGGGCGGGACAUCUCUAGUCAGCUAACCAAUCAGAGCAGACUGGGCUCUGGUUUCAGACAGAGGGUGAAAAGAGGUGGUAUGAGAAGAAUAUGGCCCCUUUAACUGAAAAGCGAAACAUAUUCAUGCACACUGUCUGGGAUUCCCUAAAAACAUCUGAGCACUGAAACCUACUUAUUAGAGAGUAAUGAAAAUACACCGAAGGCCUUUAAUUUAGACAUGUUUUUUUCUCUUAUUACAACAAAUGUAUGAAUUGUUAUUUCACUUUUCCCAGCUUUUUAUGCAUUUCCACACCCAUUGAUGCUCUAGGAAGCUUCCACGACUCACCCCUCUUUUCUUACUCUCCUAUUCCCUCCCCCUUCCUCCUUUAUCCAGAUUUCAGACAUCUUGUUUUGGCCCGGUCUCACGGCCGUGUGAACUAUGCAUUCUGGGUGCGUAGACAACAUCAAAAAAGCGUUGCACAUUUGACUCGAGCUUUAUUUGAGAUUGGACCCUUUGCUCUUUUACUUUCUGCCGUAACUUUGCUCGUUUUGAGCUUUUCAGAAGAAGGAUUAGGAAAUUAUUUGAAAGCUGACCUAAAAAUCACGUCUGACAUUUUACAGUUUGAGCAAGUUAAGUUGUUGAACUGAUGUUGUAGGUGGAUUUCAGUCGUUGCUGUUAACAUGGUUUUGGCAAAAUGUCUGGCUCUCGCAGAUGAAGUCGAUUUGAUGAAGUUGCAGGUUUCUGCUUUAUUCUGUGAAAUGUAUUUGAGUCAUUUGUUAUUUUCGCCAAGUAUACAUUUGCCACUUCUAUGUUAGCAUAUCUUCAGCAUUCCCCGACGUAAUUUGGAUUUAAUCUCUGAUUAUUGAUGGUUUCCAUGGGGAACAAAUGUAAUAAUUCAGCAGUUGUAAAUAAGAUCUACAAUGGUUGUACUGAAGGUUCAUAAGUCUUAUUGAUCUACACAUUUUGUAGAUAUGUGUUUUGAUGAUUUAUUAAAAAUGAGAUUCUUAAAAAAAA